CUUUUCUUUUUUUGAAGAUAGAGAGAGACCUAAUGAAUAGGGAGAAUCUAACCUCCAGGUGAUAACAUGCUUGUUUUGCUGCUCCUGCUGAGACACAAAUAGCCUGCUGAUGAGAUGGAGACCGCAGGGAUGAUUAAGAAUGUUUAGAUGCAGAAAUGUAGCUGCCUGGCAAAAGCUCAGGGCCAGCAGGCACGGAAAUGCUGUAUUCUGCUCUUCUAUUACAAAGAAUGUGGUAGUGAUGUAUAAGGUAUGAACGAUGUGGCCUGCAGAGUACCAGAAACACUGCCUUUGCUGCUGCUGCUGCUUCGGCUGUUUCUGCUGCUGUUGCUUCUGCUGCUGAGAAGGAGAUGCUCUUACUGAACUGAAACUGCUGAGGAUUUUCUCACUAGGAGGAGGGUACCCAUUUCCCAGUGCUUCUCCCUGAGGAUGUACUGAAUCUGCUGCUGACAGAGUGACUGGUACAGAUGCACAUGUAUGCAUGCAGGGGUUACCCCCAGAAGAAAAUUAAGAACUGUUCAUAUUGAUUUAGGAACAAAAGAAGGGGGGAAAUAUUUCCCCCCUGCAACAAGAGGAUGAGUAGGGGGCUGAUGAAGAAACAACCCUGUCUGAAGAAUUUACAUAUAUCUGAAGACACCCUGAAUGCAGAUGCCAUAAGACUUUCAUUAUCACUUUUUAACUGAUGUUCUUCAAGAGGUUUGGUUUCUAGAAUUUGGAAGAAUUGUGAAUGUUUGGUGAUACCAUAUGCACUACUGUGACAUCACAUAGGAAUUGCAGCAGAUCAUCCAUCCAUAGCAUUGAGCCACGGCAGUUAAAAUGGGAUCAAACUGCAUUAAUCCUACAGUGUAGAUGUCCCCAAAGAGAGAGAGAAAGAAAGAAGAGGCAGAGCUCUAUGUCGAAGGGAUGGAUAAACUGGUUUUUGCAGAUGCUGUGUGUCUGUACAAAGAGAGAGGUCAUGCUGUUUAAUGAUCAGUAACCAGAACCUGGUAACUGCAAGGUGAAUCUAGGCUUAAUGACUGGGAAAAGAUCUGCUUUCCAUAAAGUAUUAAGAAUCACAGAGCCUGUGUGUUACAUCGUCAUGAAUGAAAGAAGAAAGUAAUACAGUAUUGGAUAUGCCCGCUUGCUGCCGCUGUUUUGAGACACAGCACAAAGAGAGAGGGGGAGAAAAUGAUACAUUUUGGGGAAUCACUCCAAAAGGGUGAAUAAAAUGAGUUGCCUGGAUUCUAGUAUCUGAAAAAAUAAGUAAUUCUUUUGGAGAAUUCUUCUAAAUGAGCCUGGCCAAGAUACUGUGUGAAGAAGACUAAGGAUACAAUAGGAUGUCAACUGAGACAGAACUUCAAGUGGCUGUUAAAACCAGCACAAAGAAAGACUCUAAGAAAAAAGGCCAGGAUCGCAGUGAAGCCACUUUAAUCAAAAGGUUUAAAGGUGACGGUGUUCGAUACAAAGCCAAACUCAUUGGGAUUGACGAAGUUUCUGCAGCACGAGGUGACAAGUUAUGUCAAGAUUCCAUGAUGAAAUUAAAGGGAAUUGUUGCAGCAGCUCGAUCAAAAGGAGAACACAAGCAGAAAAUAUUUCUUACUGUCUCCUUUGGAGGAAUCAAAAUCUUUGAUGAGAAGACAGGACUAUUACAGCACCAUCAUGCAGUUCAUGAAAUUUCAUAUAUUGCAAAGGAUAUCACAGACCAUCGGGCCUUUGGAUAUGUGUGUGGAAAGGAAGGGAAUCAUAGAUUUGUGGCAAUAAAAUCAGCCCAGGCAGCUGAGCCUGUAAUUUUGGACUUACGAGACCUCUUUCAGCUCAUUUAUGAGUUGAAACAAAGGGAAGAGCUGGAGAAAAAGGCACAGAAAGAUAAACAGUGUGAACAAGCAGUAUAUCAGACAAUUUUGGAAGAAGAUGUAGAAGAUCCUGUUUACCAGUACAUUGUGUUUGAGGCUGGACAUGAGCCAAUCCGUGAGCCUGAAACAGAAGAAAACAUUUAUCAGGUUCCUACUAGUCAAAAGAAGGAAGGUGUUUAUGAUGUGCCAAAAAGUCAACCUGUAAGUCUGGAGAAUGGAAACCUGUUGUUGGACAUAGAUGAAAAUCUUGAUAGAGUCACUCAGGCUGUUCCCCAGCUAGAGCUGUUUGGGGACAUGUCCACUCCUCCUGAUGUAACCUCUCCCCCUACCCCUGCAACUCCAGGUGAUGCCUUUAUCCCAUCUUCAUCCCAGCCACUUCCUGCUGGUGCAGAAGUAUUUAGUUCUGUACCUUACAGCACUGCUGCUGUACCCUCAGGUUAUGUUGCAAUGGGAGCUGUCCUGCCCUCCUUCUGGGGACAACAACCACUUGUUCAACAACAACUGGCCAUGGGUGCUCAGCCUCCAAUUGCUCAGGUGAUGCAGGGAGGACAGUCAAUUGCAUGGGGACAGCCUGGGAUAUUUUCUCCCACCCAGCAACCAUGGCCAUCUGUAGCUGGUCAGUUUCAGCCUGCUGCCUUCAUGCCAACACAAACUGUUUUGCCUUUACAAGCAGCCAUGUUUCAAGGUACCGUUGCUCCCAUUGCUACUGUUCCACCUACAAGUGAUUCCACCAGAUCAAGUCCACAAACAGAUAGGCCUAGGCAGCAAGCAGGAAAUGAAAUGUUUAAAGAUUUCCAGAUGGCUCAGCCUCCACCAGUGCCAUCACGAAAACCAGAUCAGCCUUCCCUCAGUUGUACCUCAGAGGCCUUCUCCAGUUACUUUAACAAAGUUGGGAUGGCACAGGAAGCAGAUGAUUGUGAUGACUUUGACAUCUCUCAGUUAAAUUUGACUCCUGUGACUUCUACAACACCAUCAACGAACUCACCUCCAACUCCUGCUCCUAGACAAAGUUCUCCGUCCAAAUCCUCAGCAUCUCAUACCAGUGAUCCUGCUGCAGAUGACAUCUUUGAAGAGGGCUUUGAAAGUCCAAGCAAAAGUGAAGGACAGGAAGCGCCUGAUGGAUCUCAGGCCUCAUCCAACAGUGAUCCAUUUGGUGAGCCCAUUGGUGAUACUGUAAGUCCACAGGGCGAUAGCUAGAUAGCGCAGGUUGGGGAGAGAGAACCACUCUAUGCCCAGAUCAGCAGACCUAAGAAAUAGUUUGUGGUGCUUCAAGACUCAAAAGGAAAACUACAGCCUUGACAGGCCUUUGGCUCCCAUAUUUCCUGUGUUGAUCCCAUCUAAUCAAGGAGAAUUAACUUCACUGGAUUAGUUCAGCAAGCAAGAUGUUUUGGCAACCAGUGGCAACUCGAUAUGGAAAAAACGCUGCUUUACAAAAAUAAAUCCUCUUUUCCAAGCCAAACCGUUUACCCCUUCUUUAACAUUUCAGUCCUCCAGACAUCUUUUUUUACUCCUUGUCAACUUUUGCCAUUACUACAGCACCACAUAAUGAAGAGUAGGUAAUUCAAAUUACUAAACAACUACUUGUUUAAUAACAGAGAACAACACUCAGACAGCAAACAUCAUAAUGUCAACAGCUAUCGAGCUGUCUGGAUGCACAUUUGGAUUAUAUGGUGUCUUUUUUUAUCACCGUGACAGACUAAUCUUGCUGUAUCCCCCUCCCUUUAAGUCCCUCCAUAAUGGCAUAUUUGAAAGGGGGAAGUAUUUGAGUGUUUCUUCCUUCUCCUUCCUUAAAAAUUGGUGAACACAUUCUGCAGCAAUAUGCCUCCUGUGAAACUAAUACUUAGCUUGGAACCAUGGAAUAUGCCAUUCUGCUGAUUAUCCAUCUUGGUUGGAAAAUGUUGCCAAAUGGACCUUUUAAUUUCCACUACAUCAAAGAGAUUAAAUGCUGCUUUUCUGUUUUGAAUACCCCUGCUGUGGAUAGACAAGGACAUCAAAUGUUUUGAUGGGGAGGAAAAAAAGACUAGCAAUGUGUUAUUUCCUAGGGACCUCUUGAAACAAAGACCAGUAAAGGAAUAUUUUUUAUUUCUUUGAUAUCUUGCUGCUGUAAUGCUAUGCAGACAAGUGUUUUUUCCUUCUCCGUGUGCCAUUUUUUGAAGAGAAAAAAAUUGUUUGCCAAAUACUUCCAGUGUGCUUCUGGAUUCAAUUGGGGUGGACUUUAUAAACAGGCUGGAGAUGACAUGAAUUUUGAAAUAAUGAACAGAUUCCGUGCUCAAAUUGUUCAUCUUUACCACUUUUUGUACAUCAGAAAAUAAACUCAAAUGGGAUUUUUAUUUUAUAACUUGAAAUUAAAACUGUUAAACUCUUUUAAUUGUUUAAGGGGAAAUGGCUUUAAGGAGUUUGAAUGAAAUUUGUCAGGUUUUUUGUUUUGUUUUGUUUUUUUGUAAAUAUAAAUGUUAGGAUAAUUCUUUUCAUAAUGCCAUGACACUGUAGAGAAGGUAGCAAAAGUACUCUGGAAGCGUGGAAACCCCCCGUUUGUGGUUCUUGCAUCACGUGGGUUUUUUUUUCUUCUUCUUCUUCACAUGCUUAUGAUGUGGGCUGAAGCUUAAAUGCUUAUGCCAGUGCUGAUGGGGGGAUGGGUCACAUGAUUAUCUUGCUUUUAUCACACAAAAAAUAUGACUACUACAUGCUCAACAUUAAGGGGGGAGAGUCACAUUUCAUGACCAUUUCAUAAUACUACACAAGAAGAACAACAAAAACUGUUUACAUACAAACCAGAAACAACUUUUUAAAAACUCAGUUUUUUUAACAUUUAUGUAAGAGAAAAAUGCAGUGUUUGGUUCCUAUGCUUAGCACAUGAUUUGCAUAAAGAAUCUAUAUAUUUUUGCCCUACAAAGAAUUGUUAUACAGGUCAAAUGUGUUUUCCUGAUGUUCCUAUGCAGAUAUAUUGAAUUUUAAUGGUUUAGCACUAAGAAAAAACAUUAAUGAUCUCAACAAAUUGUUUUAAGCAUUAUGUAGUUUUACUUUUACAAUUAAAAUGCCAAGAUUCCUGUGUAUUUUCCAUUGAUUUAUGUAGGCCUGAAGUUAUAUAUUUCCAUAUGUUUGAAUGGUUUACUUGAAAGCAUUUUUAAAAGUAGCUAAAGCUGAAAUGAGGUGCUGAUUUGGUAGUAUUAACAACCAGGCUUUACUGAAGUAGAUAUGACAAAGAAAUGUGUUUUUACAUUGAGAGGGCUUUACUAGAUGUGGAUCUAUUCUCAUAUCAACAGAAAAGAGAGGUGCACUCUCUGUUCUAAUUUAACCCCCAACUUGUCAUGGCUAGGAUAUCUGUGGUGAGAUCCAAAAUGUAUUUUUUCUGUAAAAUUUCAAAUGUGUGGGACUUUCUGUUUUUGGCCUAAUCCAGAACAUUUCACAGGGCAUUUAUUUUUAAAUCAUUGGUUAUUACUCUUCCUUUACAAAACUCAGUAGUAUUUUUGGUCUUGGAAUAUUGGGCCAUAUAAAGAUGGAAUUCCAAUUCUGAAUUAAUAAAAUGUUAUCAUACAGUGUGGCCACUAGAUUUUCAGUUACCAAGUAAAGCAUUUAAUCCACAGUUUCAUCAGUUCACUGAAGACAUUUACAAUUAUAGGGUUUUGCUGGACUUUCCAAGAAUAUGGGGCAAGGGACACAUUGUACCAAUCACUACAAAAGGAAUAAAGUUUGGAUUUCAAGAACAGAAUUCACCAGGAAUUUGGCUUAAUAUUCUUGAAACAAGAAGAUCUGCCUCAUCAUUAGAUAAUUUUUUUGCUAUGGCAAAGAAGCAACAGAUUUUGGAAACCUAUACCGUGUCAGUCUUGUUGAUAAGUAAUAGGUCCAUGGAAGCCAACAAGCUUUUCCUUUCUCAUUCUACACUAUCACUAAAUUUGUCACUUUAAAUUUUAAACCAGGGAACCCCACCCACCAUUCUGUAUUGUCUGCAGUAAUUUCUUGAUUCCUACUACUGGUAUGUCAUUCAAAUAUUUUGACAGCCAUUCAGUUGUCUGAGAAUAAUCAAAUAAUGAUCAAAUAAUGUACUGGGCACCUUCUUUGCAAAGAUGUUUACUCUCUAUUUUGAUUCGUUUUGAUUUCCGCAUUCAAACAUGUAUUUUUUUAAUAAAUGAAAAGAUAAAAUUGACUGUUUUGCAGUACAUUUCUAGUUCUACUUUAACUUUACCUCAGAGGAAAACCAUUUGUUAACAUUUGUUGAGCAUCUUUUUUUCUUAACUUUAUGUAUAAUGCAUUCAGCAGAAAAACAAUACAUUUUUAGAAAUUUUCCAUUAAUUUCUGUAACACACCAUGUAAUACUGUUACAAAUAAAACAUUUAAAAUCA